UCCACAACGAAACGCACCGUUUUCGUCAACAUUCCUAUUGUGGCUCUUCGCUGAGGACACUGCUAGUCUAAGAGCUAAAACAACCCUCUUAAAGCGAGAAUUGAAACACGUCCAAAGUCGAAGACUCGUUGGGGGAUAUCAAUGGAUGAAGGAGAACAGGAAGAGUCAGGAAAGAGGGAAAAGGUGGAGGCGGUGAUGGAAGGAAUAGCAUCAAUAGUUUUGUUGCCAUGUGGCUCCAUCUCUGGCCACUUCAUUCAACUUCCCCAUUCCGUCUGCUAUGGCCUCCAUGGCACUGAAUUAGCUUGUGAAAGGGAAUGUAGCAGGGGAGAGGAUUACCGCUUGAUCAAGCUCACAAUCACAGACUACUAUAGCAAGAAAGAACGUACUGUUGUGGUGGAGUGCAGAGGACAUGAUGCUGCUCGCUUCUGUAACAUUGAUCAUGCUCAUGGAUGGGAGAACGAUGUUGUGGGUAUGGUUGAAGAGAAGCAUGGAAAGAGCAAGAUUUUGGUUUCUUUUGAAUGUGAGACACUCAAAGCUGAGAAAGCGGCAGAAGACCAUAUUAGGCAGUUCAUGCCCAAAUUUGCUGGGAUGGAUGCUGUUGUUAACAUUGGCCACAUGAGUAUCGCAGGCUUGGACUUUGAAGCCGAUGCUGAACACGAGCAUGUUGAGCAGAAUAUAUGAGACAGUGAAUGUUCUAACUUUCUUGUUUACAAUAUGCUGGAUAGGUGUUUGAUGGCUCUGGUCUUAACAUCAGUCAAACAUCUGAUGUAAUUCUCGUCUGCAUUCUGUUCUUCACUUCAAAAUAACCAGAUCUUAAUCUGUUCAUUACCAUGCCACCAUUAUGUAAAUUAUUUACAUGUUCUGUUUUGCUAAAUCAAUGCACACACUGUAAUGCAUGGAAUUUAUUUUA